AUGAGUGUUAAAAGAAGCAAAGAGCAAUCGAAACAGAAUUAUAAAAAGGUAAAAAGAGAUACCAAAGUUACUGAAAAGAGAGAUCAUCUAGCUCAAUUCAAAAGAGCGAAGAAAGUGGUUAAAGUGUCAACUAAAACCGUCAACCAUUCCAUAUGCAUACCGACUACAGUAUUAGAUUCGUGCAAGAAUUUGGAACAAAUCACCUACACAUUAUAUCAGAUCGCCAGAAGCGCAUGUAUAUAUAACGUUGCAGAAAUAGUAAUUUUGAAGGCAGAAUCGGAGACCAACAAGGGCGAAUCAGACCGCAAAAAUGAUAAAAAACAGGGUGCAAAGAUCAAGUUUGAUGAUGGGAAUAAUACCAACAAUGCAUCAACUGAAUAUCUAGAGGAUUCCGAAAAAGAAGAUGGGAAGAAAAGGCUUUCAAAACCAAUGUUGAUGGCUUCGUUGCUACAGUUCUUCAUCACACCGCCAUACCUUGUCAACAGUGUGUUCAAAAAGGACUAUAUGAAGUAUUUUACUUACGCUAAGCAAUUGCCUAGAAUUCCUUCUUUACCGUUCAUGAGAUUUUAUCAAGAUAAUAAUGGUAGAUAUAGAGAAGGGCUGGCAAUCAGAAUGAGCAAACCUGGUGAACGUGGAAAAUCAAAGAAAUCAUUCGAUCAAACGAAAUAUAUCAACAUUGGCAAAGAUAAGAAUCUCGAGUUGAAAGGCCAGUUGGUUCCAAUAAAUGUGAGAGUAACCGUGGAUACAAUUGAACAGAAAGUCGUAUCUCCAGAAGAAGCGUACGGUGAUUUCGUUGGAGCCAAAGCAUCUUUCGGAUACCAUGUCAGAGUUGCCAAAUCGUUCGCAGAUCUUUUCACACAAUCACCAUUUCCACAAGGGUAUACCCAAACGGUAUGGAUCAACAGCGGAGACUUUUUCUUUGACGAAACUCUAAAGAAAAACGUCAAGGUACAAACUCAAAUCCCAUCCAUCGAAAAGGUAAUUAGACCGACCGAAGAAGAAAUUGAACUCGACCCAUCCAAAGCGAAUCCAGCAAACUUACUAGCAGUAUUCGGAAAAUGGGACCAUGUCAAGAAAAGUUUUGAAUCGUGUAAAGAACAAUUCGAAGGUGCCACUGGUGCCUUCGAAUUUUUCGAUGGUGAAUUAAGCCUACCAGGCUCUACUCCACAAGGACAGCUACGUACUGAAGAUGCAUGCAUGAUUGCGUUGACACUGCUAUCAACCUACUAA